CGCGCUCACGGACGCUUUCAGCCUCUCUCUCUCUUCACUCGCAACCAACACCUGCAGCCAUGGACAGGGCACUACACGAACGUCCGGGACACGCCCAUCUCCUGCACACCCCGCAGACAGACUCGAUCCCCUUCUCGCGUCCCACUACCCCAGGCCAGCAUGCCGCCCAGAUCGGCUUCUGCGGGCUCGGUGCUAUGGGCUACCCAAUGGCCCGCAACCUCGCAAAGUGGCGGAGAGAACACGUCCCUGGUUCUCUGCCUAUCCUCGUCUGGAAUCGUACCCAGUCAAAGGCAGAAGAACUCCGCAAGGAGCUCGGAGACGACUUGAUUACCGUCGCGGACUCGCUCGAGGAGAUCGCAACCGAGUGCGAAGUCGUCUUCACCAACCUCGCAGAAGACAGCGUUGUCAAGAACGUCUACGAAGCGUUCGCUAAAGCACUGAAGGAGUCGAACCCUACCAAGAACAAGAUCUUCGUGGAGACUAGCACCAUCUACCCCACUGUCGCUGCCGAACUCGAUACACUCCUUUCAAAAGUGCCUCACACCCACUUUGUCACCUCCCCCGUCUUCGGCCCUCCCGCCUCAGCCGCAGCUGCCCAGCUACUCAUCGUGAUGUCUGGGGAUUACCGGUCUAAGAAGGAGAUUGCCCACAUCCUCAUCCCCGCCGUUGGCCGCAAGGCUAUGGACCUAGGCGGUAACAUUGAGAAAGCGCCGACAUUCAAGCUCAUAGGGAACUCGCUCAUUCUCGGCUCUCUGGAGCUCCUUGCGGAAGUCUUCACGCUUUCCGAGAAGGCUGGCAUCGGCGCCAGCCAGGUGCAGCAGUUCAUCAAGGACACUAUGCCUGCGCCACCCCUCAUCAGUUACGGCGAGAAGAUGGUACAGGACAACUUCGAUGGCAGCAAGGGCUUCGCCAUUGAUGGCGGCCUGAAGGACUCGGCCCAUAUUCGCAAACUGGCUACCGAGCUCGACUCUCCAAUGCCCGCUUUGGACGCUGCGCACCAGCAUAUGCUCACCGCGCGGGCGUUGCACGCCAACCAAGUCCGUCGUGGGCACGCACACUAUGGUGUCCUCGACUGGAGUUCUCUUGUUGCUGGUGCGCGUGUUGCCGCCGGCCUAGAUGGAUUUGACAGCAGCAAGCACCAGAAGGUUGUUCCGGAAGACUGAUUUACUUCAGGGUAGGCUGAAUGACAUAGACGGAGGCAGAAGAGAAUAUUCAUGUGCAGUGUAUCAUUGAACGAUUGUUGUACCCGUAUUCUUCGAGAAUCCAGGAUAGUGCUGUCAGAGAUGGCUCGACCUACGUCUUCUGAGAGUAC